AUGACGGCGCUGCUAGUCCCCUGCGAAUCCCCUUCGCUUUUUUCCCCGGAUCCUCGCCGGUGUCCCACCGUGCAACGAUAUUUUUUGGAAGAACUGGAUAGCAAGUCACCCAUGCAAGAUGCUUAUCGGGCAAGGGAUUCCUCCCCUUCCACUUUAUCCGCUCCUCCCUCUCCUACGUUCAUGCCCGUCUCUCAACCACUCGCCUGCCCCUUGAAUAUUUUACCCCUGGAAGAUGAACUGGUCCUUCCUUCUUACGACGAGCCUAUGCGCAAUGCUCCAGAGGAAGACGAGAGUGAUGCCUCUACCGAAUCACACCCUGCCUUGACGGCAGCACCUGCCGUGGAUGACACUUCAAUCGAGGAUGAGCCCUCAAGGCAUGUGGACUAUCUGUCGCAUGAUUGGAAAGAAGAAGAUAUCUGGUCCUCAUGGCGCUAUGUGACCAGUCGGAGGAAUGACUACAGCAAUGGUGUACGACUGGAGAAUGCCUCAUGGAGGACAUGGGCCAAAGCCAAGCACAAUCUCAAGACUGUUUCGCCAGAGAGCCUGAACUGGCUAAAAGAUUGUGAUGUCACCUGGCUCUACGGCCCAUUGAAAAGUUCUGGCGAGCGUGCAACCCCUUCUCCUCCUCCUAGUCGCCUGGACACCCCGAACUCUUAUUUAGAUCGGAAACCGAUUCUGAAGAAGAAGACCGCUUCGGAGGCUAUUCUCCAACGGUCCCUCUCCCAGCAUACAUUACUACAGCAUGCCGGUGCCAUUCUUAAGGCCCAAGAAGCCGAGAAUGGCUGGGCUCGUCCUCCCUUCCCGAGAUCCAAUACGGAUCUAGAUCAGCUACAUCACCGGACCGGCAGCUCAACUUACUCCCUAGGCGGCACUCUCACAACCUCGUCAUCAUCUGGCAUGACAUCUCCGAUUGAGCGCCGCCAUAUUCACUUCAACGAUGAAGUCGUGCAAUGCAUUGCGGUCGAAGCCAAGGGGUUCGACGAGUGGCCAGCAACCUUUGCAGAUGAAUCAUCUGAUGAUGGCGUGGUCAUGAUGAGGCAGAUUUCAGACCGGUCGCCCAGCACUCGCAGCACCCCUCGCAACAGUUUUAGCGAGGGUAAGACCAUCGCUCCCCUUCCCUCUACCACGCUUAAGUAUCGGGGUGACCCCCCAGAGCCUCGUCCCCAAACGAUACUGUGUCGUUGGUCAACCCUGAAUGCGAAUGCUUCCACAUUAUCACCCUCCCCCUCUGUAGAAACCCUGCGGCCAGAACCUUCGGCGAAUUUCCUCUUGGAUGAUGACGAAGAUCCCAGUCUGGACUUUACGGGUAAUUACCCUGAUCGCGAUCGCCCUUGGUUUGUCGAGGACGAUCCUACUUCUGACCGUCCAUUGCGGUUGACAGCCUCGGGCAUGUUCAUGCCUGAAGGAGAGAAUGAAAGACCCAGCUCCAGCAUCUUGGAUCGAGUCGCGGACACCGUGAACACGGCACGAGACAUAGCCCAUGUGAUCUGGAACGUGGGCUGGCGACGAUAA